AUGUCUAAACGAGAACGGCAGGAAGAUGGCGGCGAGAGAGCGCCAAAGAGAGCGCGGGCUGAGCACCAGCCAGCGCAAGUGUUCGAAGUCGAAUAUGCGCGAGACCUCCAGCGAUAUCUCGUCUUUCGCCAAGAUGCAGAGCAACAGCAACUGCUGAACGGCAUUGCAUCCUUCAAGGCAUUCCUGGAAAGCAUUCUCUAUCACAAGGCAGAAGAAGAUCGAGGGCGACAAAUUUCGAUUUUGCGAGAAUACUUGGAAUCGCAGAAGCCGGCCGAUCCCAAGGACACGGAGCAUCCAUUUCUCACGCAACUCUGGCAAGCCUGGUCUUUUGCCAAUCAGAGCAACAAGGACUAUCUGGCGUCCAGAGUAUGUGCUGUGCUCGCGCUUCUGCUCCGAACGCUGUCUGGUAUCCUCGAUCUCCGAGACUAUGGACUCUUGUUAUGCCGGACCGUAUUGCAGCAUCAGCACCUGCGGCUGGUGAAGCGAUGCUUGGACGGGCCUAAGCACAAAGACUUCAUCAUCUCGCCAUCAUUGAGACUGCUGAUCGAGGUCACCACUUUCGAUGGCGGUGUUCUUGCACGCGAAGUCUACAAGCGCCGAGAGCACACAUUCGAUGUGGCCACGAUUCGUCGAAAUCUGGGCCUGGUCAAAUUUGACAUGUCAGAGGAUGAGGCUCGCAAGAAGCCUUCGAUCCGCAUCUUGACGGUCAGGUACAUCUUGGCUUUGUUCAAGUAUCUGCAUGAAGGAGGGAAAUCGGACAUUCUCAAGAACAAGCCUAUCUGCAAUGCGCUCUUCCAGUUCAUCCACAACGAUCCUGCCGACAUUGUCUCGGAACUCCUUGCCACAGUGGAGCAGAACGUGCUCAAAGACGAGAGUGUGCCUCGUCACUUGAAAGCUGCGCUGUUGAUUCCGCAGAAUCUCGAGCGGGUAACUGCAAUUGCCACUCGAACUGAAGGACACGCUGCUGCCGAUCGAGCAUUCACCUGGCUGCACUCAGUCUGUAGCAAAGAAUCGUAUGGCAUCCUGAGGCAGAGUGGCUGGUAUCCUCCGGGAACUGCAGAAUCGCAUUCCAAGCGAUCGAAUGUUAGCAUGGACCUGGGACUGGAUAGCCUGGAAUUGCACGACUAUGGUGAACCUAUUGACGUUCGGAAUACCACUUUAUUGGCAUAUGUUCUCACACUACGAGCCCAUUGCGACGAGCGAGAGCGCGAGCUAUUACUCAAAUGUUUCACCUCUGCGCCAGAGUUGGUCGCAGCGUACUUUGCGAACAGCAAGCUACAGCUCGACCCAAAGCUUUCCAAUACUUGGAUUGGUUAUGCAUCGCUCAUAUUUGAGGUCGUCAGCCUCAAAACGCCUGUCAACUUCGGCGUGAGGGACGAGUCUCUUUCGAAUCCGCCGCAGACCAUCAUCAUGAUUGAGAAUGUGCUCCCCAAGCCAAUCACUUUACAGGUGUUGAAUCGCUGCCUGAGCCAGAAUGAAGACCUCAUUACGUUCUUCGCAGUACGGCUUCUCGUGGUAUCGCUACAGAAACUCAGGAGCGUCCUGAGAUCAUUGCAUCAGGGCCCCGAGCAUCAAUUAUGGCAAGAAGCGAAAGACCGACUCAUCGAGCGAUUUGUCGACAGAUCGCCAAAAUUGAAGGAUGUACUUGCAGUCUUUCGCAAGAUGUCCCAUGAUGACCACUAUGCCAUGCAGAGAGAGGCUGUAACGAGAUUGAUGAGACUGUACUACGAGAUUAUACCGGUUCAAGCGCUCGAAGAGCCGAUCGACAUCUCCAAUGCGCUUACUGCUGCUCUGCUGCGCAGCGAAGAGCCUGUAAUUAACGCGCAUGAUGAGACUCGGGGACUUCGCGAGCUGGAGCUGGAACAUCUGCUGAGUAUUGCCAAAUACAGCACCGGCAUGCGUUGGUUUCAUAAACAGGGUGGGCUAACCUUGUCGCCUAUACGCUCGCUUCUGUCUGAUGUGUUAACAGAGCACGGAAUCUUGAAUUCUGUGGCUGGAGUCGACCAGGCGUCUCCGUUCGAUGCCUUGCUCGGUAGUGUUCUACAGCUGGCAGAUGACGAUGCUGCAUGGGCGUUCAUUGAUGACUGCCUCGGCCGUGCUACACGCAAACCUGUGAAAUACGUAGACGACCUCGAAUCAAUUCGCGACAUGAGCUCGACUGAAGCUGACCGGAUACUGCCAAGUGUGCUCGCUGCUGUUGUACUCGAGCAAGCGACGUUUGUCGCUGCAAAGACGGACGGAAAGGGGCAAGCUGAGGCAGCGUGGCUUGUGCUAUUCCUCGCCAUUCUUCAGAUGACUACCGACGCAGGAGAUGUACUGCAGACUUUGCUCACACGGAGUACGAAAGUCUUGGGAACGCAAGCGACUAUCCACAAGGACCGGGCGCCUGAGCUUCUGAUGUCACUCAAGGCAAGUUUACCAAAACGAGACCGCGAGGUCAUCGAAGUAAACCCGAUCGCAGAGCCGCACCUACCCUCCCUCGGCUUUGAAUCUCCACCCAUCGAGCGUGACAAUCAUCCCGAGCUCUUCCGUUGGGCACAGAAGGAUAUCGAUCUCGCGAUCGAGGACGGUGACAUAUCUGCUCUGGUGCUCUGCCUCUGCUCUCGACAUGAUGAGAUUCGACGUCAAGCCCUGAUGCAGAUCAAUAAGGCCAAACUCCAGCUCCGCCCGCAACAGACAAUCGAUCCCGAAAACAUCCAAGAUGAUCACGCGCACAUAUCUCUGUUACUCGGGGAGCUGACCGAAACGUUUGAGCUGCAUUAUCUUACCCGCGACAAACCUCUUCCAUACAUUGCUGGUACAUUUGCAAGUCGGGCGCUGGCUAUCCAAGCACAACCCUCACACUUCCUCUAUGCCAAACUGAACCAAUUCUUGAUUCGAGGUGCGAAGUGGGAUGUAAAACGCCUGCCCCGGUACUGGAUUGAGCAGACUUUCUUGUCCGAACCAGAAGAUGAUGAUUCGUAUUGGAAGGAAGUGCAAUGGGUACUCGACUGGCUCGUUGACGGCUUGCGCACUCCCGCAGAUCUGGAGAUACUGAGGAGAGGCGAUCAAAAAAAGGACGCAGCGAAAAGACCUGACAUUAUGGAAAUGAUCAUGGCGGUAUGGGCCAGUCCCGGUGCCGACAGGAAUCAUCACUUGAGAGAAAGAGUUGCCGAGCUGGUGUAUCGGGCUAGUUGUGUCGAGGGCGGGAGCGAUGUGCUUAUCACGAGGAGUGGCGUUUUCAGUUGGUUGGAUAUGGUGAGUAAGGACAGCAGCUCGACGAGUGUGGUGGCUCUGUCGCACAAAGUGCAGAGCAGCUGUGAGAGGGAGAGGAUUGGGGCUUGGAAAGGCUUGAAGAUGUUGGCGUGAGGUUGCAAUAUACGUGAAGACUAACGUGAUCACGGUCAGCCUUCUGAUCGACAUCACGACGCAUGGAAGCUCUAGCCUCCCGCAUUUGCGGGGAGACGGCAGUUGCUCACGCUUGCAAUGAC